AUGCUGCCGUCCGGAGCAGUGGAAGAGGAAGAAGAAGAGGCGCAAGGGCCAAGAAAACACACGAAGAAGAAAAAGAAGAAGGACAGAGCGACGGCAGCGAAGAAGAAGAAACAGAAGAAGAAGGAGGAGGAGGAGGAGGAAGAGGAGGAGGAAGAUCAUCAUCAACAACAACAACAACAGGAGCAGGAGGAGCACGAGGAGGAGGAGGAGGAGGAGAGCGUGGACCCGGACCUGGUCUUGCUGCGUGGGAUCUUCAAACUGAAGAAGAAGAGUCACGACGUGCUGCUGACCCGGACCAGGCUGACCUGGACCCCCAUCGUCCCCGAGACCCCGACAGGUCAGAGCACUGUGGUGCGUUCAGGUGCCCUGCUGCUGAAGGACGUGUUUGCGGUGAGGGUGAAGCGGCGGCGGGCGGCGGGCCAGCAGACAGGGGGCGCUGUACUCGGCCUCGCUCUGUUCUGUGGCCGCAGGAGAGGCAGGAGGCUGGAGGAGGAGACGCUGCACCUGAACAACGCCUCCGUGGAGCACACACACACCUGGUUCAACACCGUGAAGGAGCUGCUGGCAGCCUCCAAGCGUCCCAGGUCUCUGAAGGUGCUCAUCAACCCCUGCAGCCACAAGAAAGAAGCCGUGCACAUCUACAGAGCGCACGUGGCCCCGCUGUUCAAGAUGGCCGACAUCCACACCGACAUCACCAUCACAGAGAAGAAGGGUCACGCUCUCUCCGUGCUGAAGGAAUGCAAACUGGACGAGUUCGACGGCCUGGUGUGUGUGGGUGGGGACGGCUCGGUGGCUGAGGUGUGUCACGCUCUGGUCCUCAGAGCUCAGCUGGACGCCGGCUCACCUGAGACACCUGAGAGAGCGACACUACCGCUGGGCAUCAUCCCUGCAGGCUCCACAGACGUGGUCUCCUGUUCGGUUCAUGGGGUCAGAGAUCCGGUCACUGCCGCCCUGCACAUCAUCCUGGGUCACCUGCAGCAGGUGGACAUGUGCAGCUUCAGUUCUCUCGGCCGAUUGGUCCGUUUCGGUUUCUCUGCCAUGUUCGGCUUUGGGGGGCGGAGCUUAGCGCUGGCGGAGAAGAAAAGGUGGAUGUCGUCAUCGCGGCGGCGAGAGUACGCUCUGGUCAAAACACUGGCCAAACUGAGACCGGAGGAGUGUGAGCUGUCUUUUCUACCAGCGAAGAAGACAGACGGGAACCUGUCAGAGCAACGAGACCAGGACCCGGACCCGGACCCGGACCCGGACCCAGAGCCAGGUGAGACAGAGGGGGAGGAGUCCUGGACGACCAAUCAGGGCCUGUAUCUCAGUAUCAGCAUCAUGUCCAUCCCCUGUCUGAGUCCACACGUCCCCCGCGGCCUGGCCCCCAACACCAGGCUGGCCAAUGGCAGCGCAGCGCUGAUCGCCGUGGGCAACACGUCCAGGUCAGAGUUCAUCAGACACCUGAAGAGGUUCAGCAGCUCCAGCGGACAGUUCAGCUUCUCAUUCGUGGAGGCGCAUGCCGUGUCGGCGGUGAGGCUCCGCCCCCGCGCUCUGACUGGCUGGCCCGAGGAGGAGAAUGAGGAAGAGGGGGAGUCCAAAAGCACGCCCAUCAUCCAAUCAGAGCGAGCCUUCCCCUGGAACAUCGAUGGGGAGCUGGUGGAGAUCGCUAACGAGGUGCUCGUUAGGGUCCACCCCGGGCUCAUCACUCUGUACGGGGAGGACGUGGACGAGGCCGAGGAGCCCAUCGUUUCCUGCAGCUGCAUCUGAACCAGCAGGGGGCGCCACGCCGCCACUCCGCCCGCUCCCUCUGACAGCCGCUCUGGGGGAUGACGGUUGCCAUGGUGACCUGGACCAUGUGAGGUGUUUUGGAGGCGGUGCGGCCGCAGAGCCGAGCAGCCGACCUGCCGCCUGUUUUAUUGAUCUGGAUUAUUUUAAUCCAGAUUUAAACCCAGAUCUUAAAACAGAUGAAGUAUCUUCAGUGUCUUGGAUUAACAUGUUUAAAAAACAGAAACCAGAAACCCGACUCACUGCCACUGUUAAAUAUGAGUAUCGAUAUAGAUCUAUAGAAGCCCCGCCCACUUCAGUGGUGCAUUACUAAUAUUUCCAUGGUUACGAUGCUGAGAUCUGC